CUGGCCCGACGCGACCCCGCCCGCAGCUCCCGCCCGCGCCGAGUCUCCAGCCCUGCAGCCUCAGCCCAGCCGCCGCCGGCCCCAGUCUGCCUGGAGCACGCGGACGGGGCGGGAAUGCUGCUGUCCAAGAUUAACUCGCUGGCCCACCUGUGCUCGGCGCCCGGCGGGGAUCUACACCCGGUCAAGCCGCUGCCAGGAAAGGAAAAGGAGCCCCUGGAGAAACUGUACCAGGUGGGCCCGCUGCUGGGCAGCGGCGGCUUCGGCUCCGUUUACUCGGGUACCCGGAUAGCAGAUGGCGCUCCGGUGGCUAUCAAGCAUGUGUCCCGUGACCGCGUUUCAGACUGGGGAGAGCUGCCUGGAGGAACAAGAGUACCCAUGGAGAUCUUGCUCCUAAAAAAAGUCAGCUCAGGAUUUCGAGGGGUGAUACGGCUUCUGGAUUGGUUUGAGAGGCCAGACAGCUUCAUCUUGGUUUUGGAACGCCCAGAUCCUGUGCAGGAUCUCUUUGACUUCAUCACAGAGCGAGGUGCUUUGCCUGAGGAUUUGGCCCGCAGUUUUUUCUGUCAGAUUUUGGAGGCAGUUCGGCACUGCCAUAGCUGUGGAGUGCUUCACAGGGAUAUCAAGGAUGAGAAUAUCCUGAUUGAUUUGAGCAGUGGAGAGUUAAAACUUAUAGACUUUGGAUCUGGAGCACUGCUCAAGGACACAGUGUACACUGACUUUGAUGGGACUCGGGUAUACAGUCCCCCAGAAUGGAUUCGCUACCACAGAUAUCAUGGCAGAUCUGCAGCUGUCUGGUCACUUGGAGUAUUACUGUAUGAUAUGGUCUGCGGUGAUAUCCCGUUUGAACAUGAUGAGGAGAUUGUAAGGGGUCAGGUCUAUUUUCGGCAAAGGGUUUCUCCAGAAUGCCAGCAUCUUAUUAAGUGGUGUUUGGCUUUGAGGCCUUCUGACAGGCCAUCCUUUGAAGAUAUACUGAACCAUUCUUGGAUGCAAGAUGUCCUUCUGCCUCAGGAAACAGCUGAGAUCCAUUUGCACAGUCUAAUUCAAGAGUCUAACAAAUAGCAGAGUAUUUCAUCUAUUUGGGUGCAAAACAGAGUUCUGCCCUACUGAGUGGGGAUUUUUACAGGGACACCAUUCAUCUCAUUCCAGACCCAACCUGUGUGGAAACUUUUCCAGGCAUGAAGAAAACUCAUACUGGUGUGGACUUGAACUCCUGGGAUCCUACCUUGCAAGCUUCCUUGCCACUAGGUGACUGGGACUAAUCAAUGCGUGUCCAUAGCCUGCUGAAUCUUAGAAUAUGAAAUCGGCGGAAGUGAGAGCUAGAGCAGAUGUUUCAGCUGGGAAAUCCAGGUAUGGGAGCAGGGAGGGAAAGUAGUGAUUUGGGUUGGCUGCUUGUCUUCACUGUGUCACCAUGUUCUGAGUGCCUUCAGUUGCAAACUGAGCGGUGUUGGGGGGAAAAUACUUGAAAGUUCCUUCACUGCUGCUGUCCCAAGAUUCAUCUGGAUUUUAGUUUUAUUCUACCUUUUAAAAAGAACUUCAUCAAAAGAGGCUUUGUGUGAUACAUUGGCAAAUCCUAGCUAAUGGUUGUCCAUUAUGAACUUUGAAUUGGCUUUGACAGCCUCUCAAAAGCCAGGGCAUCCUCAAGUGCACAAACAAUGCAACCCCACUGAACUGUAAUUUUGUACAGAAUAAUACAGGAACAAAGCUUGGUGUACAGAAGAUUGUAGUUUAUAAUUUUUUAAAAUAAUUUAUUUCCAGGGUUGUUUUUAAUGAAAUGUCCUAACUUGGAUAACUUUUAUUUAUUUUAUUUAUGAAUCAUGUGGGCUUAUAGUCUACACCUCACAUCUACAGCUGCUGUUCUGGUUUUUUUUGUUAAAUUGCCUCUCAGCACUCCUUCCCCACCCCUCUCCCUCUGGUUAUAUCUCCUGCCUUUUUGGCUCUGAUGUCUUGCCAGUAUAUGGAGCAGCUUGACCACCUCUUAGCUGUCUGUAAAUAUAUCCUUCUGUGUGGCUGUUCAGUUUCCUUAAAUUUUGUAAUACGGUUCCACUAGUAUUGGUGGGGAAGGGCUUGUGCCAUGCUUGUGUAUAUAAUGCUCAUCUUAAAGUGGGGCAAAAUACCCUGGACUUCAACACUGUCAAACUUGUAUAAGUAAUUUGAUGUGUAGUCUGCUUGUUUUGUUAAUAGCUAAUAUUGUACAGGGGAUUCAGAAAUGCUAUUUUUUUUAUACAUGCAGUUUUAAA